AUACCAAUAGCACCUUGUACAAUCCGAGUGUGAUAAGCGCGUGCCAUUCUUACAUAAUCGACAGACCACCUCCUCACACGUCUCCACACUGCUUGAAGCCAUACCACUCAUUCAUCAUAACCAAGAGAAUGCGGUCCCCAGGGGCCCUCCUACUCUUCCUUCUCCUCCCAGCAGCCCUCGCCUUCAAACAAUCCGACUUUAAAAUAUGCUCCCAGUCCGGUUUCUGUCGCAGAGGACGCGCCCUUGCGGCACGCGCACAAGAAUCCUCAUCAUCAUGGCACUCCCCAUACUCAAUUGACCCCCCAGAACUUAGCCCUCGUCAACCAGGGUUUACCACAAGCGUUCAUUCCUCCAUCCAUCCAAAUGUCAAAUUUGUGCUUGAUGUUAUGAUACAUGAGGAGGGCAUUGUGCGUGUGCGAAUGGACGAAGAGAACGGACUAAGGAAACGAUAUAACGAAGCUGCUCAGUGGGCGCUCAUUGGAGAACCUCCCUUGAGUAAUGAUGUUCUCUGGACAACCAAGGGGGGCAAAGCCAAGGCUGUUUAUGGACCGAAGAAGGAUAUGGAGCUCGUCGUCGAUUUUAACCCUCUCAAAAUCACGCUUUUCCGGGGUGGCAAGGAACAGGUCACAUUGAACGGGCGCGGCUUACUGCAUAUGGAGCAUUUCAGAACCAAGGAGGACCCCAAACUAGCUGAACAUAUCGAAAGCGAGGGUCAAUCCGUCCUCCAAGUCAACCCUGCAGCAUGGUUCGAAGGCGACACCCAAGACGCCUUCUGGGAAGAAACAUUCUCUACAUGGACAGACACAAAACCCAAAGGCCCCGAAUCCCUCUCCCUCGACAUAACCUUCCCCAACCACGCCCACGUCUACGGAAUCCCCCAACACGCCACGAACCUCUCCCUUCCAAGCACAACAGGUCCCACCGCAAAAUACACAGACCCCUUCCGUCUCUACAAUGCAGAUGUAUUCGAAUACCUCUCAGAUUCGCCGACUUCUCUCUACGGCUCGAUCCCGCUCAUGCAUGCGCAUUCUGCAACGUCGACAGUCGCCGUUUUCAAUGCGCUUGCAUCCGAAACAUGGAUCGAUAUCGCUCAUGUGGAGAAAGGCGGCGUAGAAACGCACUGGAUAUCCGAGUCCGGGAUCCUAGACGUAUUCCUACUCCCAGGCCCAACACCCACUGACGUCUUCACACAAUACGCACACCUAACAGGGACAGCACCCCUCCCAGCUCAGUGGUCACUCGGCUAUCACCAGUGCCGCUGGAACUACGUCAGUUCAGACGACGUGCGCGGUGUGCAGAAUAGGUUUGAUGAUGAGGAUUUCCCGGUGGAUGUGUUUUGGUUGGAUAUCGAGUAUGCAGAAGAUCAUAAGUAUUUUAUGUGGAAUAAGAAGACGUUCCCGGAUCCGGUGGAGAUGACGAAGGACGUAGAGGCUGUUGAGCGCAAGAUGGUAGUCAUCGUCGACCCGCAUUUAAAACGCUCAAACGACUACCCAGUAUACAAACGCGCAUCAGAACUAGGAGUCCUCGUCAAACCUAAGAGCGGCGAGGGCGAGUACGAAGGAUGGUGUUGGCCCGGCUCUAGCUCAUGGAUCGACUUUUUCCAUCCUGGUUCUUGGGACUUUUGGAUCUCGCUGUUCAAGACGAAUACAAUCGAUGGUCAGUGGAGUUGGACGGAGAGCACUAAUAACAUCGGUGUCUGGAACGACAUGAAUGAGCCGUCAGUGUUUAACGGACCGGAAAUCACGAUGCCGAAAGAUAAUGUCCAUUACGGCGGUUGGGAGCAUAGAGACGUGCAUAACAUCAACGGAAUGCUCUUUGCAAACCACACAUUCCAAGCAGCAGAAGCUCGUACAGACCCCCCACGGCGCCCAUUCGUCCUCACCCGCGCCUUCUAUGCCGGUUCUCAGCGUUUCGGUGCGAUGUGGACGGGCGAUAAUCUUGGUACGUGGGAGCAUAUGACCAUAGGGGUUAAGAUGGUGCUUGCGAAUGGAGUUGGGGGGAUGCCUUUCGCUGGGUCCGAUGUUGGCGGCUUCUUCGGAAACCCCGAACCGGAAAUGUUAGUGCGCUGGUAUGUAGUGGGCGCAUUCUCGCCUUUCUUCCGUGCACAUGCGCAUAUCGACACGAAGCGCCGAGAACCAUACCUUCUUGAGGAGCCGUACAAGAGUUUGUUGAGGGAUAUUUUGAGGUUGAGGUAUUCGAUGCUUCCUGUGUGGUACACUGCAUUUAGGGAGACGAGUGAGAGCGGGGUUCCUAUCCUCCGACCUCAGUAUGUGAUGUUCCCCGGGGACGAAGCUGGGUUUGGGAUUGACGAUCAGUAUUAUAUCGGGUCGUCUGGAUUACUUGUUAAGCCUGUGACGCAGAAGGGGAUAAAGGAGGUUUCCGUGUAUAUUGCUGAGGAUCAGGUCUACUACGACUACUUCACCAACCACGCCCACCGCACCAAAAACCGACACAUCACCCUCCCCGCAAACCUCGACCAAAUCCCCCUCCUCAUUCGCGGAGGCUCCAUUAUCCCCACACGCGAACGUCCGCGCCGUUCCUCGCCACUGAUGAAACACGAUCCGUUCACACUCCGCAUCGCGCUUGAUACUUCCGGGAAUGCGCACGGGGAGGUGUAUCUUGAUGAUGGCGAGACGUACGGGUAUGGAAGGGGGGAUGUUGUUUGGCGUGUGUUCGGUGCGGAGAGCACGAAAGGAAAGGGGAAAGGGAUUGGGACGGUGCGCAUCUCAUCCGCUGAUCUUGCCGCAAGAACGCAGGUGGGUGCGUACGACCCCAAGAACGAGUUCGCGCGUAGUGUGGGUGAUGUGAGGGUGGAGAAGCUGAUUGUUCUUGGACUUGGGAAGAAGCCUUUGAACGUUGUUUUGGAUGGCGGAAGGGAGCUUGAGUGGGAGUUUGCCUCGGAGGGUGGAGUGUUGGUUGUUAAAGAUCCUGCAGUGCGUGUGGUGGAUGAUUGGGCUAUCGUUGUGAAGUUGGAGUGAGAUACCAUAUUGAUAAUAUUCAGAUCAUUUGUGCUUUGUGUUGUGAAUGUCCAUGCAAUGCUUUCCUGUUUCGAUCUAUCAUAUCAUGCGCGAACAUGGUCGAUCAAAAGUCAC